UUGUGGAGUGGAGUAGUUGCCAAUAUGGCCACAGUUGACUCCAAGAGUGUACUUCAAAUUAUCAAAUUUAUCGUUGUUAAAUCAUGAAUUCGCAAAAAUAGUAAAGUAUGUUGAGGUUAAAAAAUCCAACUUUUAUUUUAAAAAAUGUGAUUAUUCUUCAAAAAAUCACAAAUGUAAAUUAUUGACGUUUUCUCUAUUGAUAUUAUUUUGUCUACUUUUAUCUCAUUUGAAAAAAACUUGAAACUGAAAUUUAUCAGGAUACAAUGACUGACUCAGAAAAACUUUUUGCUUGCUCCACAUCGGGCUGCAAUAUGAGCUUUGCAAAUGAGGAUCAAUUAACAAUGCACAAAAAGAAACAUGACAUGAUGUUAAAUCUAAACAAUAAUUCUAAGAGUGCUGGAUUUGUUGCAGAUCAAACGCUGGAAUUACGGAUGAUACAUUGCAUACUCCUCACAUCUUUCCCUAUAUAUCAGACGUACUGCCUGCAAAUAGUCAAAUUCUUUCCGAAGACAACGUUGAAGGACUGUCCUUCGACUGUAUCUCUUGCUGAAAAAACUGCAGAGGAGGAAAAUGUUAUAAAGACCGAUGAAUGUAACAGUAUUAAAUUAAGUACAAACCAGACGCAAGAAUUGAUGAAAGAUUCGAACGUUGUAUCUGCUAAAGAUGAUACUCUUUCAACAGAUAUUAUUGUCUCAAAUACGAAUGCAAACAUAGGGCCUAAACUUUCGACGCAACCUACGUCUCAUCUGUCCAUCAACGGCGAAGAAGUGCAAUUGUUAUUAAAAACUGCAGAUGGUAAAUUAAUGCAGCUGUGCGCAACACCGGUGUCUGAGCCUUCUAAUGUAUCGAAUGUUAAUACCGAACAGCAAACCGUUGUUAUCAGAACCGAACCGGCUCUGCGGUGUGCAGUGAAAUUGGAGCCCAAGAAGACUGUGAUCUCAAAAUUAUCAUUAGCAAAAAUGAUGGAAUACGAUAAGCCGUGCCACAUGACAUCAAUACGCUCGCGGCUCGAGAAAUUGAAGCAGUCCUUGUCGAAGAGUGCGCAGAAUCAGAAAGCGACCGAAGGAUAUGUGAAAACAGACGUGGCUGAUGCUGUAAAGAAGGAAAGUGGCAAGAAAACAAUUGAUCAGAUUAAGAAGAAAGACAUUCUCGAGCGUAAUCGUGCCAGUUCCAUGCGUGCACGGGCCAAAAGAAAAGCGUGGAUUCAAGAACUCCAAAGAACGGUAACCAACGUGAACGACACGAAUACAGCCUUGCAGAUGGAAGUGAAAGCUUUGCGCAAGGAAGUUGCAAAAUUGAAGACUCUUUUAUUGGCCCACAGAGAUUGUCCAGUCACGAAAGCGAUGCAGAAAGGAAUAAUUCUUGGACCUAAGAUAAUAUCAGAAGAUAAUCCGGAAGUACUUACGGUACCGAUAUCAGCCAAUGGUCCUGUAAAACGAUUAGCCUCCUACAUGGAGACGUCCAAUGUAUCGACGAAGAAAUCGGUUCUGUCGAUCACGAAGAAUCCAGUGAUACUCCCGAAGGUGGAUUGUAAUACCACGAAUCUCGCGAUUCCAAACGCGACGAUUAUAAAGACUUUACCGGCAUUGAAAAUCGUAGGUGUUAAUCAAUUUAUAUCGGAAAAGUCAGAGGGAACGAAACAGAUACUGAUUGUACAAAAUCAACCGAGAAAGUUGUGCGAAACCACACCCAGGCAAAUUAUUCAGAUAAAUCCGAAUUACGAGGUGGAACAUGCGGCAUCUAAGAGCACAGGAACGUAAUUAAUCGUCCUCGAGACGUUUGCAUGUUUUGUAAUGUCAAAGUUCUUGCGGUUAGCAUGAUCAGCGAAUAGUUGAAUGAAUCGAUUCUAUGAGACGUGCAGUAUUGUUACUGCGAGCAAAACAAGUUGUGUGUCUAUGACACGUUUACGAAAAUUUACUUAAUUAACGCGUUCUAUUUUUUAUUUUUCGUGAUAAAUCGAUUCGAUAAUAUUUCUUUUUAUCAUAUUUCAGCUGUUAUGAAUAUCAUUUAAUGUAAAACAGGACAUAGAUAUAUUAUAUCGUAACGUAGAGGAAUAUGAAGUAAAAUAUAGGGAAUACAAUUUUUUUAUAUUAUUUAUUAUAUUUACAAUAAAACAGAUUUUUAUUGAUGACUAUAAUUCAUUUUAUUCAUUUUAUAUCAAUAGAAGUUCCAUAAAUUCCUCUAAAUCUCUUAUCAAGAAAAUAUUUAUAUAAAUAUAGAUUAUUUCAUUAAUAUAAAAAU